GAAAACUGAGUAGUCUAGUCUCUAGGAAGAGAAGCUACAAGCAGGGUGUCCUGUCGUGUGUCUCAGGCUCUCGGCCUGUGGAUAGAUAACGAACGAGGCCCCCGGUCUCUGCUUCCUGUCGAUGGCGGGUGCGUGCGCGGUGGCCGCGCCAUCCCAGGCCGCCGUCCCCGGCUCCGGCGGCGCAGCCCCGCCGCCGGGGCGCGGCUUCCGCGUGGGCUGCCGGCGCCCGGCGAGGAGACACGCCGGCGGUCGCGCUCGCUCCUCCCGCGACACCAACGGAGAGCCCGACAAGGGGCGAAUUCCGGAGGACGACUCCGGCUACCUUCUGACGCUGGGGCUCGGGUCCGUCGGCGGCGCGGCGGCCGUCAAGUACGGCAGCGUGCUGCUCCCCGACAUCACGCGGCCCAACAUCCUGGAGGCGCUGCUCAUGGUGUCCCUGCCCAUGGCGACCGCCGUCAUCAUCUUGCUCAAGCUCAGCUCCACUUCCACACAGGACUAGGGCUUGCUUGUGCAACAACCUUCAAGUUCAGAUAUGUGUCCUUUUUUCGGUACCGCUUUGCAACUUAAUGUAAGACGAACAGCAACAGAAUCUUAAUGUAAGACGAACAGCAACAGAAUGUGCAAAAAAAUUGUAUUCCGUCCGGAAA